AAUCACAUAAUGUAUUGAUUGAUCGUACAAAAUAUUUUGUAUUCUGUCUGCUAUUUCUUGUAAAAACAUUAACGAAUUUAUUAGGACAGUAUUAAAAGUUUCCUAUUUCCUUGUUAACGUUAUUAUUACUCUUUGAAAUAAGUAUCAGAACGGAAAUUCAAGCCAGUUUUUGGUGACACUUCAUAUAAAAUAAUUUCACGACAAUAAAAAACAAAAAAAAUCAACUACUUCCUCAUAAAAAGUGUUCCGAUUUCAAAUUAGAGCGACCAAAGAUGCUGCCACGGCAGUACUACGGGGAACAAGAGAUGCGAAAACGUCAAAUAGAUACGCUAAAAAUUUUCAACGAUCACGUAGUCGAAGUGAAGGAUAAUGCUGAAUAUCGCGUCGAAUUCAUAGCUGACGCUAAAAAUAUGAGCUUAACAGUGGUACUAGGACCAGAAUUUCCUAAUGAAAAGCCUUCAAUUUUCGUUAACCCGCCGAUACCUCAUCCGUGGAUUGGUGAAAACUCCAAUCAAGUUAUAGGUGCCCCUGGUCUGUUGAACUAUACGUUACAUUCAGAUUUAGGUCGUGUAGUCCAAGCUAUUAUAAGGGAGUUUCAGAAAUCGAUGCCUAAGCUCUCAAAUUCUGAAGAAGUGCCAAAAAGUAAUGAUGUGAGCCCUCAAGCGAACUUUAAUGUACAAUCAAUGAUAUUUCCUGAGUUAAAUGAUUGCUGUGUUGAAGAGUUGCAGGAGAUAUUGCAUAAUACUGAUUUACAGGACAAAAUAAUAGAAGUAAACCCCCAACUCGUAGAAAUGGACCUCGAAACGGAAGAACUAAUGAACAGUAUCGAGAACAUAGCCCAAGAAAAUAUUGCAAAACAGCAACAGUUAGACGAUUUAAAGACUGAAGUUAUCGACCGCAUAUCAACCAUCGUUCAGAUGAAGAUGAACUUUGAAGAGUUGAACCGUAAGCAUAUGAAGUUAGCGGAGAUGUAUGAUCCGCAUCGGAUUAGAGAUUGCUUGAAGGAGGCUGCGUUAAAGGCUGAUGAGGAGUCCGAGGUUAUUGCGGAGCAGUUCUUGACAGGUAACAUGCCAGUAGAAACCUUCAUAGCGAAGUUUGCCGAAAAAAGAGGUCUCGGUCAAGCUAGACGGGCGAGAGAAGAACGGAUUGCACAUCAACUGGCACAAUUAGACAGAGCCACGACCAAAAGCUAAAAGAAAAAAACAUUCCAAUUGACAGCUGUCAUAGCUGUCAAUGUCAAAAUUGCCGCCAAUUUUUGUAAAGAUGGCGCUAUUUAUUAAGCUUUGUUGUUGAUUUUGUGUUGUGAUUGAAAUGUAGGAUAAAUAUGUAAUCUUUGAAUGGGAUAGUGCAAUGUGAAAACUUUGAACUAAAUACCUACACUACACAAUUGGUUAUAGUAUCAUAACUGAUGAUUUAAUGAGAGCGCGCCCAAGGGCGCGAUUCUACUAAUUGUACGCGACAUACGAUUCACAUUCGACUGAGAUCCAAUCACGACUCAAUUACGAUUGAAGCGUAUGUGGCAUUCCGCUAUUUUUUCUUUAAAAUAAACGCUUUUAUCCGUUUCUGUGAUUCAAUAAUGAAUCAUAUAAAUGAAUAUAAAUGAAUCAUAUAAAAUCAUAAUGUCUGCAAGUUAUUUACGAUUGCAAUAAGAUUAGAGCAAAUUAACGUAUAGACCAUUUGGUCAUUUGGCAAACCAAUCGAAUGUCAUUGGAAAACGAUUGGUAAACAAUUUCUAUUCAAUUUUGAUAUUAUUAACUUAGGAGAAUCGGGCCCCAGUUGUGUUUUUGUUUGGAUAUUUAUAAACACUUCUGCAAUUAGUAUUUAUAAGGCUGUUCGCCUAUAUCAGACUUUUUGUUGCACAGAAAAUCUGACCGAUAUUUGUAGGACGUUCUGACUAAGAUUUUCUGACCAACUUUUUGUAGGACGGGUUCGUUGCGGUAUUGUUCUAUUUUCCUCCUACAAAACAUUGGUCACCGAUUAUUGGACGUGCAUGAAAUAAUGUAGGAUAUCCAUGUGUAAAUGUAUGGUUACAAUAUGAUGUAUAAGAACA